AUGGACGAGCAUCUUGAAAGUCUUUCUCCUACUGCCACCAAGAAACGCAGCAAAUAUCUUCUUAAGAUAUACAAGCAGAAGAAGAAUGGAGACAAGAAUGAAAGUGGCAAUAACGACUUAUACCUUGAGCUCAAAAGGCUACUUGCUGAGCUUGUUGCACUGGAUGAAAUCAAGGAUAUGGUUGAUGUUGAUACUGACUACAAGAUGAUUGGAACAAUACUCGUCACUGCAAUUGUUUCUUCACCUUUGCAGUAA